AGCGGUAGCACAGGGCACAGGCAGGCAGGCACAGCUAGCUCCCGAUCAGCUAGAGCUUCGUUCCGCGUUCCUUGUUGCGCGCGCACUCGGCUCCAGCGAGUUCGAAUUCUUGCGCAGCUUGCUAUAGCCCGUUCGAGUGUUCGACAGCCGGGAGCUGAGCCAACCUGCCAUGCCGGCCUUCGCGGGGGGCGGCGCAGCGGAGCCGCCGCUGGCGGACAGCUACCACGCGCUGCUCCGGAGCUGCGGCGGCGACGACGAUGGUGCGCGCGCGGCAGUGGCGGCGGCGCCGCCCGUGGCGGAGUGCGAGCUCCCGAUGAUCGACGUCGGGUGCCUGACGGGCGGGGGCGGCGCCGGCUCGGAGGCGGAGCGGGCGGCGUGCGCGGCGGCCAUCGCGCGCGCGGCGGAGGAGUGGGGCUUCUUCCAGGUGCGCAACCACGGCGUGGCGCCGGAGCUCCUGGACGCGAUGCGGCGGGAGCAGGCGCGCCUGUUCCGCCUGCCGUUCGAGGCCAAGGCCUCGGCCGGCCUGCUCGGCGGUUCCUACCGCUGGGGCACCCCGACCGCGACGUCGCCGCGGCAGCUCUCCUGGUCCGAGGCCUUCCACGUCCCGCUCGCCGCCGUCUCCGGUGACGCCUGCGACUUCGGCGGCCUCACCACCCUGAGGGACGUGACGCGGGAGGUGGCGGGCGCCAUGUCGAAGCUGGCCGGCACGCUGGCGCGCGUGCUGGACGAGGCCCUCCGCCCCGGCGGCGCCGCUGGGGAGCAGCGCUUCCCGGAGGGGUGCGACGAGACGACGUGCUUCCUCCGGCUGAACCGGUACCCGCCGUGCCCCGUCUCGGCGGACGGCGCCGCCUUCGGCCUGGUGCCGCACACCGACAGCGACUUCCUCACCGUGCUCUGCCAGGACCACGUCGGCGGCCUGCAGCUCAUGAAGGGCGCCGCCGGGUGGGUGGCCGUCAAGCCGAUCCCCGGCGCCCUCAUCGUCAACGUCGGGGACCUCUUCCAGGCGUGGAGCAACAACAGGUACAAGAGCGUGGAGCACAAGGUGAUGACCAACGCGACGACCGAGCGCUACUCGGUCGCCUUCUUCCUCUGCCCGUCCCACGACUCGCCCAUCGGCGCGUGCGCGGAGCCUUCUCCUUACAGGACGUUCACGUUCGGGGAGUACAGACGGAAGGUGCAGGAAGACGUCAAGAGAACCGGGAAGAAGAUCGGACUCCCCAAUUUCCUCGUCUAGGUUUGCAUGCGCGACGAUGUUAGUCUACAAAUCCUUCCCACAAACCCAUCCUUGUUUCAUUCUGGCCCUUGUCAUGUCAACCCAUGCAUGUUUCUUUCUGUAUACCAGCAGCAUUGUACAGUGGAGAGUGCAGUGUGAUUGGUGCAGUGAUUAGUUACUAGCUGGCUAGCUAGGUUGUAGCUUAAUUGAUGUAGCCAGCUACUAGCCCACACAAGAAAGUAGUAGGAUCUAUACUAUAUCGAGAGCGUGCACCUAGGAUAUGUAGAGAUGUUUUUUUUUUCUCCUGUUGAUUGUCUUCCUUAACCUACUCCUGCUAAAACAUGGUUGUAUGCCGAUGGGAAUUUCUAUGUGUUGUGCAUGCAUGUACAAGAAGUACUGAACUAUACUUUAUAUUGUACACUUUAGUUAGUUCGUUGCUUU